AUGGAAGCCAAGAAGGAAACCAAGAAGCGAGCCGCUCGAGAGUCCAUCGAGUCAACCGACUCUGCCUUCGAAGGAGCCUUUGAGAAUGUCACUGGUCAAGGAUUGACAAAAGUCGUUGGUAUGUUCGCUCGUGCCGAUGCCCCCGCCGCCGAAGGAAAGAAGAAAGAAGGAGAGGACUUUGGUUUUCUUUUUGAACACGUCGACGAGUUUGACCUUGCACUUGAUGAUUAG